AUGUCAUCGGAGGUUGCGACAAUAACAUAUGGCACAAGACGUAGUCCGAUGAAAAACUUCCAAACACACGGACCAGUUCAAACGAGGAACCCAUACUCGGAAACAUAUGGCGUACAACAUUUUGAUAAGAACGCGGCAGACUAUGGGCGACCACCUCCGGGCAGCAAAACCGAGGCACGCGGAAUAAGGGCAGGUGUCCAUGUGUGUCGAGAGAUUCUGUUUCUUUGCGAAACCAUCAACGAAAAUGCAGAAGGAGAAGAGCCUAAUAAAUGGAUUAAAUUCGGCAAACUAUUCUAUGUAUAUUCUUUUUAUUCGGAUAAGUUAGUGGGCAUGUUGAUCCGAGCACGUAAAUAUGGCCUUGUGGAUUUCGAAGGUGAGAUGUUGUAUCAACGGCAAGACGACGAGAAGAUCAUCACCAUGCUCAUGUCAAUAGCAGACAUUCGGGAACGUAUGCGGGCUUCCGGUGAUCCGAAGAAUUGUGUUGUCAUAUUAAAAAAAUGA